ACUAUUGCAUGUGCUAACGCCCAAUCUUUGACAACUGCUGCUGAAAUCUGGGACUGACGAGCAAAGCAUCUUUCUUCCUUCUCUCAUGCUCCCUCUGUCACCACCAUAGAUGGAUAGGCAGAGAAGUUUUUCCAUCAAAGCCACUAGAUUCUUGGUGCUUGCGUUCACAAUCUCUUCCUCUCUCAUCUUCCUUCUCUUCUUCUCCUUCUGGCUCAUCAAAGCUACCCCUUCAGUUCACCAAGAAACCCAUUUUCAGUUCAGAAAUCCCACUCUUAAUCUGGGUCUCAAACCCUUAACUCUUCAGACCUUGACUGCUUCCAGCAUAAAUUUAUCAGCAAGUGAAGUAAGCAAUCCAAUUCUGAUCAAUACGCUUGUUAAUGUUUCUAGAUUUGAGGGGCUUCUGACAAAGAAAAGUGGGAUUGAAGUGUCAGGUGACGAAAAAAAUGAAAAUCAUGUUAUGAAUGGCAAUUUGGUGAGUGCAAAGUUUUCGGUAAGUGUUGGGAGUACUUCUGGAUUUGCUGAUGGUUCAAUUUUUAAGGGUUUUCCGAGAAAGGAAAAUGAAUCUAAAGUGUCAGUUGAUGAAAUAGAUAUAGGUGAUUCUGUAAAUGGUAAUUUGACAAUUAGGCAACAGAAUGCGACUAAUAUUUUGUCUGAGAAAGUGGAAGUUUCAAGUGGAGAGAGGAUUAAGGAGAAGAGCAAUAGAAUUUGUGAUAUUACAAAAGGGAGAUGGGUUUUUGAUGAAAGCUAUCCUCUGUACACAAAUGAUUCAUGUCCUUUCGUAGAUGAAGGCUUUAAUUGUGAAGGUAAUGGAAGAUUGGAUAAAGAGUACAUGAAGUGGAGGUGGCAGCCACAAGAUUGUGACAUUCCAAGGUUCAAUGCAACAAAAAUGCUGGAAUUGAUCAGAGGGAAGAGACUAGUUUUUGUGGGUGAUUCAAUUAACAGAAAUCAAUGGGAAUCCAUGCUGUGUUUGUUAAUGGGAGCCAUCAAAGAUCCGAAGAGGGUGUACGAGGCUCAUAGGCGGAGAAUCACCAAAGAGAAGGGAGAUUAUAGUUUCAAAUUUGUGGAUUACAAGUGCACGGUUGAGUACUAUGUAACCCAUUUCUUGGUUCAUGAGAGUAAGGCAAGGCUUGGCAAGAAGCGUGUGCAGACAUUGAGGAUUGAUACCAUGGAUAGGAGCUCAUCACGAUGGAAAGGAGCUGAUAUUCUGGUCUUCAACACUGCACAUUGGUGGACGCAUCACAAAACAAAAGAUGGGAUCAACUAUUACCAGGAAGGGGAACAAGUUCAUCCUCGUCUUGAUGCUUUGACUGCGUUCCGAAGGUCUUUGAUGACAUGGGCAUCAUGGGUUGAUAAGCAUAUAAAUCCAGGCAAAACCCGUGUUUUCUUUCGAAGUUCAGCACCUUCCCAUUUCAGAGGAGGUCAAUGGAAUUCUGGUGGCCACUGCAGAGAAGCUACUCAACCACUUCAUGAAACUUCGAGUUUCAAUUACCCCGAAAAGAACUUGAUUGUGGAGGAGGUCACGAAGCAGAUGAAAACUCCGGUGACUUUCUUGAAUGUAACUGGUCUAUCGGAAUACAGAAUAGACGGUCAUCCAUCGGCGUAUGGAAGAAAAUUUGGUAAGAGCUACUCUUCUAGUGUUCAAGAUUGUAGUCAUUGGUGUCUUCCUGGUGUUCCUGAUACUUGGAAUGAAUUGUUGUAUUUUCAUUUGCAAUUUAAUAAAAUAGAGAUUUUGUAGUGUGUUUUCUCGAACUUGCAAAUUCUUUCAUUUCUUCCUCACGUGGUCUCGGGAAGUAGCAUGUAAAUGUUCAUUUAGAUUUAAUUUUUGGAAGACACACAGAGAUCCACCAAUUGCUUGUUUACAACUUA